UUUUUUUUUUUUUUUUUUUUUUUGACAGUUUUACUUGUUUUUCCUUGUAAAUCUCUUUUAGUGUCCUUCAUUCUUCGUUCUAUCUCUAUCACUAUCACCACUACUAGUAAAUAUUAUCCAUUGCCAUGUUGAAGAUCAGUCAACGAUUCUUCUCUGCAAGUAGCCGAGUUGCACAACAACAACAACAACCGUUAAUGAUCAAAAACAGUCGUAUUGCAGCAUCAGUAAUCUUGACUCGUGGACCUCAAAUCACCCGGGACGCUACUCCUUUUGAACGAGCUUAUUUCGAUUAUAAGGAAAAACAAGAACGACAGGCAUCCGCUGUGUUUCCUCAAGAUUUUUAUUUUAAAAAGGGAUCGGUGGCUGAACGACGAUGGAAGGAAGAUGUUCAAGCAAGAGACGCUGCUAUGAAGGACCAAGCCCUCUCAUUAACUGAAGCUAUACAACAACAACAUAUUGACCAAUCUUCUUCAACACCACCCAUUCAAAUCAACGAUAGAAUCACUCAAGCUGACAAGACCAACGAUAUCAAGAAACUCGAUCGAGCUUUGACUCGUAACCUUUAUUUGAUUGUUAAACAACAAAACCAAUGGCAAUUCCCUCAAACUGACUUACAAGCAAAUGAAUAUCUUCAUGAAGCUGCUGAACGUUAUUUAAAAGAAUCUUGUGGUAAGGAUAUGGAUGUUUGGUUUGUGGGGCGACAACCUGUUAGUCAUUACAAGCAAAGUCCCUCUAGAAAGGAAGAUACUGAAGGAUUGAAGAUUUUCUUUAUGAAGGCACGUGUAUAUGCUGGUCAAGUCAAACCUACCAAGGAUGUGUCAGAUUUUGCAUGGUUAACCAAGGAUGAAUUAGUCAAUUAUCUUUCGCCAGAUUAUUAUAAGGCUAUCAAGGAUAGUUUAGGUGAUUUGUAGAUAGACGUAGAUUAGAUGCUUUCCCCUCUCUCCUCCCGCAUCCUCCUCACAACCCUCUUUGAAAAAAGAAAAACAUUUUCAUUUGAUCUCCUUGUUUGCCUGUUUUCAAAGUUAUAUAUCGCCUUUUUUUUUCUCCUUUCUUCUUUUUUUGUAUUCAUACAUAUUUUUAGAAUCCCCCCAAAAUACAUUUUUUUUUUCUUCAUAUUCAAUAUUCGAACAAUAAACAAAUCAAAAAGAAUCAAUUAUCAUCA